AUGUCAUAUCAACAACUGGCAGGGGAAGAUCCGCCAAGAUUGCCUCCAGAUUAUAAUGAUAUAGAGCGUUUCAACAUCGAAGAGCCUGAGUCUGAACAGGAACGACGCAGUCUCAGAGAAGUUACACGAGAUAUGGCUGACCAACUCAACUCCAAGCUGGUUAUACCAAUAACCCGAGUGCUGGAUCCAGUGUACGAGUACUACUCUAUAGCGAGCAUGAAAUUCGAUUCUUAUUUGGCUAAGGUAGGGAAUCCUUUGAUAGUCAAGAGACUAUUUUUCGUUUUUCUGGUGGCCCUACUCAUGUAUGUCAUCACUAUCACUGGAUUAUACGACAAUGCAUACGGUUCAUAUACGGGUGAGUUCAGAAGCAACGAUGCUCUGUUUGCCUUUUUGGAUGAACAGGUUAGCGGAGCUCAGUUAGAAGAACAACUGGAGUAUAUUUCAUCAAUGCCCCAUGCAGCAGGAACUGCAGGAGGGCUGUCUUUGGCGAGAUACGUGGACAAGUUCAUUGCUGAUUGUGGACUAGACCUCAGAGAUUUUUUCGAAGUGAGGCCAUUCAUAAACUAUCCUAAUGAAGUGUCAUUAAAGCUCUAUAACGAGAAAGAGGAGGAAAAAUUCACAGCUAAACUGAAAGAGCGAGGUAUUAAGGAAGAAGGUGGCGAUGAUAUGCAACUUAUCUCCUUUAAUUAUAACUCAAUGUACGGUGAGCAUAGGGGAAAUUUAGUCUAUGCCAACUAUGGUUUAUCUCGUGACUUCAACUAUCUCAAGGACAAGAACAUUGAACUGAAAGACUCUGUUUUACUAAUAAGAAAUGGGGUUGUCCCAGCUUUCCAAAAAGUCCAAUACGCAGAAGUAUUUGGCUGUAAAGGUGUUAUUUUUAUAAGUGACCCUGAUUCAUCCAGUGGGUACGAUAUGUUUUCUAUUGAAAGAGAGGAUGUUGGAGUUUCAAAUUUUGCUCCGGGUGAUAUUCUGUCACCUGGUUUCUCCACUGCAAAAUCAGACCAUCAGUACCAUUGGGACGACUCUCCAGGUACUUCACGCAUAGUCACAAUCCCAAUUUCAUGGGCAGACGCAAUCCCUCUUCUUAAGUCGUUAGAUAAUGUGGGAGAAAAGGUUCCAGAGAGUUGGAACUUAAACAUCAAGGGAGAAAAGAUUGCAACAUUUACCGGUGGAAGUACCAAAUCUCAAGUUCACAUUGUGAAUCAUCCAAUAAUGAAAGAACAAAAAUCUAUCUGGAACGUGUUGGGCAAGAUCCAAGGAAGAGAACAAGACGAAGAAGCUAUUGUCAUCGGGGCCCAGCGAGACUCAUCUUGUUUUGGGGCAUGCGAAUCUGGAACUAGCACGUCCAUUUUACUUAGUUUGAUAAGGAUCUUUGGUGAGAUGUCCAGACGUCUGAACUGGAAACCAUUAAGAAGCAUUUAUUUUGCGUCAUUCGACGGAACAAACUUUAAUAUGGCUGGUUCAACUGAAUGGGUGGAGGCGAGAUCUCGAGAACUUCGUAGACAGGCCUACUGUUAUAUUGAUUUAUCUGAUGCAAUCACCGGUAAUCAGUUGGAUAUAAAAUCGCAUCCUCUUUUGAAGACAGCUAUUGAGAGUGCACUAUUUCAGGUGACCGAUCCAAUUUCCAACGAAACUUUUUCACAACUGAAGACUAAGAUCUCACCUCUGGAUGGUUUAAAGAGAAAUUACAUUCCUUUUACCUCGUAUGAAGCAAUCCCGUCACUGGACAUUGGGUUUCGUUCGCCCGAAGGUUACCCCAAGGGGAGUUGUCUUGACUCUUUUGAAAGGUUCAAGGAAAAGCAGGUUGACCCAGAUAUGCAGUAUCAUGAGACUUUAGUCAAGAUUAUCGGUAGAAUUAUGAUUCAUCUGACCAAUGAGCCUAGUAUUCCGUUUGACUUUGGUGCAUAUGCUAAUGAACUUGCAGGCAUAAAAGAAGACGUUAACAGAUACUACAAAGAUGUGUUAGGAGAUGCUAAUACACUGAACUUUCAAAGCCUGGACUCCUCAUUGGGCCAGCUUCGUCAUGUGAGCGAUCAACUCUCAGAAUGGAUCACUGGAUGGAGUAAUGACGUCGGGCUAAGUGGUGGUUUGGAAUCUACGCUUUUAGCAAUCAAUAGGUGGACAUGGAACAACAGACAGAGUUUAUUUGAAAAAAAACUACGAAGCAAUUAUGGCAUUCCCCGCCGACCCUGGUUCAAGAACCUCAUUUACGGCCAACAGUACAUCAUUCCUGAUCAUCCCGAGAAUUAUCUCUACAGUACUUUCCCGGGAGUCAGAGACGCAAUUUACAACAAAGACGCUGAAUCUGCUCAACAACAAUUGGAAGACAUUGCAAAAUCCCUUUCCAACGUUUGUGAAGACUUCUUAAGUAGAUGA